GCCCCAGUGUAGUCAAGAAAACACGAGCAAGAGGCAGAGAAACGAGAGGAGAGAGAGGACCAGCAAGGUCCAGUGUCCUUUUUUUUGUUUUUUUUUGUUGUUUUUAUUUUGUUUUUCUUUUUGUAUAAUAGUAACAAAAUCUCGAGUGUAAAGAAAAGUGCAGUGUACAUAAAUUAUUGCAUUAUUAUAUGGGUUGCACCCUGUGUACGGAUUGCUGCGGGGACGAGCCGGAGCCAGAGGUGCUCAGAGGGACACAGAACAGGGAGAGGACACACAACAGGAUCAACAUGAGACUCACCAAGGCAGGGAAGGGCGAGCCCCAUGAGUUUAAGGAAAAAACAUUCAAGAAGAAGCGCCAGUGUGGGGUGUGCAAGCAAAACAUAGAAAGUCUGGGAUCGUUCUGCCGAGUCUGCAAGACAGCCACUCACAAGAAAUGUGAAAGUAAAGCCAGCACACCCUGUGUCCCGGCCCCAUCCUCUGAUUUGCAGCGGAGAGGAACGACCUCCUCUCGACACAUUCAGCAUCUGGGCUCAACCAAAUCUCUGACCUACACCAAACCGAGAAGUACUUUACCCAGGAGUCUAAGUGUGGAUCGGGUGAUGGACAGGGUGAUGGAGCGCCACUACGACUUCGACCUCACCUACAUCACUGAGCGUAUCAUAUCUGUCUUCUUUCCCCCUCUGCUGGAUGAGCAGCGUUAUCGCCUCAAUCUCAAAGAGGUGGCAGCUAUGCUCAAGUCCAAACACCAGGACAAGUUUUUGUUACUAAAUCUGUCUGAGAAAAGGCAUGACAUCAGACGACUUAACCCCAAGGUCCAUGAUUUCGGCUGGCCAGAUCUACAUGCACCCCCACUAGACAAAAUCUGUUCCAUGUGCAAAGCCAUGGAGACAUGGCUGAACUCUGACCCCCAGCAUGUGGUGGUCCUGCAUUGCAAGGGGAAUAAGGGAAAGACCGGAGUCAUCAUCGCGGCAUACAUGCAUUACAGCAAGAUCUCAGCAGGGGCAGAUCAGGCUCUCAGCACACUGGCUAUGAGGAAAUUUUGUGAGGACAAAGUGUCAUCUUCUCUCCAGCCUUCACAGAACAGGUAUAUAUAUUAUUUUGGAGGCCUUUUGUCAGGGGCCAUAAAGAUGAACAGCAGUCCUCUUUUCCUCCACCAGGUCCUUAUUCCAACCAUCCCCAAGUUUCAUGCUGAUGGAGGGUACUUGCCUUUUAUGAAGAUCUAUCAGUCCAUGCAGCUGGUCUACACUUCAGGCAUAUAUGAUUUGCAGGGUUCAGCAGGCAGAAAGCUGUGCGUGACCAUCGAGCCUGCUCUGUUGCUGAAAGGAGACAUUAUGGUCAAGUGCUAUCAUAGACGACUUCAGGCCACUGAGAGGGACACAGUGUUCCGACUCCAGUUUCACACCUGCACCAUCCAUGGAUCACAGCUCUGGUUUGGGAAAGGAGAACUUGAUGAAGCUUGCUCAGAUGACCGGUUUCCCCCUGAUGCCACUGUGGAGUUUGUCUUUUCUUCUGGACCAGAGAAAAUUAAAGGGCGGGAAUACCAGCGGAAUGACCCAGCAGUCACAGUUGACUAUAAUACAGCUGAUCAAGUGGUACGCUGGGAUUCUUACGACAAUUUGAAUCAGAGACACGAGGACAGUCAAGAUGAUAUUGCACACACUCGAGGGCCUCUGGAUGGCAGUCUGUACGCUCAAGUGAAGAAGCGCCGUGCUGCUUGUGCUUCCUCUUUCUUAUCUGCCAAUGGUAGUCCAGGACAAAUCUCUGAUGAGAGACAAGGUCAUCUCCUGUCACUCAGCACAGAUUCCGGGCAUUCAUCAGCUCCACCUGAACGCCUUGAAGAUUCACCCAGGAGGCCACCACCUACUCAGCAGGAACGAGAGGAAUUGGAGCGGCUUCUUGGGGGGAUUGAGGGAGAGAGGACUAGCAGGGAUCGUGAACGGGAGACAGCCAUUCUGGAUGAUGGAGACUCACUCCCACCAGAAAAUACUGCGCCGCUGCGGUUAGCUCGAUCGUGUUCCUGCCGCAUGGGCUACAGAUCACAGCGUUGCUCUGAACUCCAUCACAUGCCCAAUGGGUACUGCUUGGACCACUCAGCUCCCAGCAACAACCACACAGGAGUCUCUUCAUCAAACAUGCUAGGUCUGUGCCAACACCACAGUGGUCACACGCACCAGUCACUCCCACCUCCAGACCUGCUGUGGGACCGACAGCAAGGCUCUCCGCACUACCUGCAUGGUCCUUCUAGGCAUGUUUGCCCUUAUCCAUCCCAGGAACUCUGCCCUCACCCUCAUACACUGUCCCCUAGUGGACGACUGCUGUGCAGGUCAGAUGAAUUCCUCACAUACCCACAGCCACAACACAACCAUCCACACCACCCGAAAGCACCUGGACCCUACCAUGAUGUGAUGCUUGUAGACAGCCUCCUACCACCCCCUAGCUGCCCAUGCCGGGAUUGCUGCUUGAGACGAGAGGACUUUCACACUUUACGGCUUGACAGAGGUGAAGGAUUGCACUGGGAAAGGGAAGAGCUCCCUCGAGACAGCGGCUUAAGGCGAAGCAGAGGAUCUGAGGUUCCAAGACGAUCGGAACUGCACUGGGAGCAAGAGGCAGGGUUAAGACAGGGUCGUGAGGUCUCAUUGCAUUGGGACAGGGACAGAGAGGCAGAACUACAAUGGGAGAGAGAACGAGAAGCUGAGUACUGGCACAGAAGAACUGCCUUGUCACCAUAUGGUCCCCCAGGUCAUGAUCCUGCUUUCACGUUUGACCCACUGCCCCAGGGUCACCCAGCAUUUCCCGAACCCUCAAGAUCACACAGUCAUGCCCACCUGGAUAUAAAGUACAGCAGUGGCUCCAGCAGCUACCAGACAUCUCACCAGAUGUGCCCCUGCUCACCCUACCAGCCUUCGCCUUCUGAGAGCCGUGGCUAUGCUUCAGGUUACCAGUCAGACUCCACUUCUCCACUGCCUCACAGCUACUCCUCUUGCUACAGCCAUACAGACCCCCACCAUCAGCACUACACAACCAACACACACUCAGAUGGUUCCGGAGUUCCAGGUGAGAAUGUAGGUUGGCGGGACCAUAUUACCCAUGGUUCCAUGAGACGGCUACAUCGUGAAGCACAUGGACCAUGCUCCACCCCAUCUGAUAUGUCUGGACCACCCACUCCAGUCCAUACCAGCAGCCCACUGAUUACACAAGACAGUCUGACUGUACAGGAUCAGGAGGCCCGGUCAUCAGAGAUGAGCACAGUCAGCACCUCACACCAGGAGAGAACAAACCCAUGUGUCCAGCAAAAUCUGUCAAACUCUGGGCCAGAGCCUCGUCAAGUUGGAAGUCCAUCCACAGAACCGCCUAAGUCAUGUACAUCCAUCCCAGAGAAACACUGCAUCCUUCCUCAUCAGCUUACUACACAUUCUUCUUUUUCUCCUCAGCAGAACUCUACACAUUCCCUGUCUUCUUCUCAGCAGCUUUCCCUACAUUCCUCAUCUUCUCAGCAGCUGUCACCACAUUCCUCUUCUCCUCAGCAGCUCUCCCCACAUUCCUACUCUCCUCAGCAGCUCUCCCCACAUUCCUACUCACCUCAGCAGCUCUCUCCACAAUCUUCCUCUCCUCCACAUCAGAACUCUACACACUGCUCCCCUCCUAAUCAAAACUCUGCACGUUGCCCACUUCCUCAACAGAACUCCACACACUGCCUCCCACUUCAGCAGAAUGGUACACACUGCCCACUUCCUCAACAGAGCUCCACACACCACCCAUCUCCUCAGCAGAACUCCACACACUGUCCACCUCCUCAGCAGAACUCCACACACUGCCCACCUCCUCAACAGAACACCACACACUGCCCACCUCCUCAACAGAACACCACACACUGCCCACCUCCUCAACAGAACUCUGCACAAUGCCCAGCUCCUCAACAGAGCUCAGCACACCACUCACCUAAUCAACAGAACUGUGCACACUGCCCAACUCCUCAACAAAACUCUGCACACUGCCCAACUCCCCAACAGAGCUCCACACACCACCCACCUCCUCAGCAGAACUCUGCACACUGCCCAGCUCCUCAGCAGAACUCUGCACACUGCCCACCUCCUCAGCAGAACUCUGCACACUGCCCACCUCCUCAGCAAAACUCUGCACACUGCCCACCGCCUCAGCAAAACUCUGCACAUUGCCCACCGCCUCAGCAGAAUUCCACACAUUGCUCACCUUCUCAGCAGAAUUCCACACAUUGCUCUCCUUCUCAACAGAGCACCACACACUGCUCUCCUUCUCAGCAGAACUCAACACAUUCUGCCCCUGUAAUAUCCACAGCCAACACUAACCAACAAGCCCCAGUGCCAUCUACCCAUUCUGCCCCUGCAUCUCCCACUAAAGUAAACCAACAACAGAGCACCAGCCAGCCAAUCAAGGAAGCCAGUCUGCCCCUCUCACCUUCUCAACCAAUCCAAAAUGAGGCAGUCCUACCCACUGAUUCUCCUCAUUCUUUGCAGCAGAUUGAUCAAAUUCAAAUAUCAGAGUCUGUUUCUGCCCAGCCUCACAGCAAUGGAAUGCCAUCAAUUUCUGAUUCCGAGACUCCCAAUGUAUCUCCUUCUUCCCCUGUUUUACCUCAACCACCAGUGGGCAGUCUGAAUGGCUCUUCCUCCCCUGAACCCCCUGUGCCAGGCUUCGCCACUCUGGGUAGGAAGCUGAUGUUGGACACAGGAUCAACCCCAUCUGGAGAUCCAGAUACUAGUUGCAGUGCCUCUGAUACUUACUCGUCUUCCACCUAUGCCCUUUCUUCAACCACUGACAGCACUGCCACACAGCCUCCUUUGCCAGAGAAAAGACGCCAGGGUACCCUGCCUGGCUCACCCAAUGGACGGUCAGGCACCCUAAGAGCAUCCACGAGUCAUUCCCCCUCUGGCCAACACCAUGUUACCUUCUCACCAUUGGUAGGAGCGGUGACAGUACCGAGCGGGCAGAACGAUGGGCUGGCAGAGGGUGAAACAGGCAGCAGGGUCAGUGUGAAGUUUGUGCAGGACAGCUCCCGUUUCUGGUACAAGCCUGGAAUCUCCCGAGAACAAGCCAUUGCAGCUCUGAAGGAAAAGGAGCCAGGUGCAUUCCUCAUCAGGGACAGUAACUCCUUCCAGGGGGCUUAUGGUUUGGCCCUCAAAGUGGCUUCACCACCUGCCAACAUCAGCAACCAUUCCAGCAAAGGUGAUCCUAUGGAACAGCUGGUGAGACAUUUCCUAAUUGAGACUGGACCAAGAGGGGUGAAAAUCAAAGGGUGUCAAAAUGAGCCCCACUUUGGAAGUUUAUCAGCGCUGGUCUAUCAGCAUUCCAUCACACCCAUCUCUCUGCCCUGUGCUCUCCGCAUCCCUGACAACGAUCCCAUAACAGAAAGCCAGGAAGUCCAGCCGGUCAGCAACAUGAGCACAGCAGCAGACUUACUAAAACAGGGUGCAGCGUGUAAUGUCCUGUAUCUGAACUCGGUGGAGACUGAGUCUCUCACCGGACCGCAGGCAGUAGCUAAAGCGACAGGCGUGAUGAUGACACUAAGCCCUCGGCCCUCGGCCACUGUAGUGCACUUCAAAGUGUCGACACAGGGCAUCACUCUGACUGACAGUCAGCGCCGGGUUUUCUUCAGGAGGCACUACCCCAUCAACAGUGUGACUUUCAGCAGCGUUGAUCCACAGGACAGGAGGUGGACUAACUCAGACAGCACGACAUCUAAAGUGUUUGGGUUCGUAGCUAAGAAACCAGGCAGCGUGGCCGAGAACGUGUGUCACCUGUUUGCCGAACUCGACCCGGAGCAGCCUGCCACAGCUAUCGUUAACUUCAUCAACAAAGUCAUGUUGGGGCCACAGCAGCGCUAGAGGAAGAGGGGGAGAGAAAAGGACGACAUCGAGCCCUCACCGAAAAAAAAAGACAUGCUUAAGUUACCAAAGCACUGAGAACUAGCCUGUAGUGUAAAGUGCUACAAGACCAAAUCAAAGUGAUUUCACCAAACAGUGAUGCUGAGGUCGUAUCUACAUACUGAAGGUUUCAUAACAUUCGUGGUAGGAAUUAUUAUUGAGCGCUGUGGAUUUCUUUUAUACAGCAUGAAAAGUAUCUCAGAAUAAAUACCAAAUAUCUCCACAGCUGACAAUCAACAGUCUUUCUAAUAUACAUUUUAUUAUUCAAUCAGCUUUAAGUAGUUGCUGCUAUAGGUGUCUAAUCAGGCACGACGGUAUAAGAGAGUACAGAGGAACGUCUGCGAGAGUCCGAGAGUUACCGGGAAAGGUGGCGUGAGGAAGGGGAAGUGGGUGUGUGAGGAGCAGGCGGUGGUACCGGGGAGGAAAUGAGGAGCAAUAGUGUAAAUAGGUUCAUCUAAAGUCAAAAGGUUGUGUGAUAUUUUUUCAGACAGAUUGACUUUUCAUGUAGAAAUGAAGUUAAACAGACAGAAGAAUUUAUCCUAAGCUUCCACUGCAGCGCUCAGCCAUGGGUCAUUUUAUUGCAGCAUAAUCAACCUGCCGAAAAAUAACCAGCCUAAGAUUUAUUUCCAAAUUUAUAUAUUAUUGUAUUUCAUUUUCGUGUCAUAACCAUGUCCCUGUAAAAAAAAAAAAGAAAAAAAGAAAAAAAAGGAGGUCUGAAGUUUUUACUUUGAACUAAAAAGCUUUGCUCAGCACUCGUAUUUAUAAGCUUCGUUCGGUCGCGUUAAAAUGUCCUGUGUUUCGUUUGCAUGUAUCAGAGUCAUUACGGCUUUCUAGGAGACCGACAUGUCCGACAGCUUUAAUAUAUUGUACUCUGUGUCUUCUUGUUGAUCUUUGUAUUUAGUAAUAUAUUCACUCAGAUGCAGCUCAGAAAGUGAUUAAAAUACUUAAUGGAAGGACACUUUUUAUAUUAAAUGGAAUUUUUAAACUGCUAUUUUUUCAAUAUAAGCAUAAAUGAAUAUAAUAAAUGUAAAGCUGUGGUACCAAGUA